AAUGGCAUAUCGUUUAUCCAUCCAAAUAUCCGGGCCUGGUGAAGACCCCAUCCACCGAUCCCAUUGGGCAUUUAUGAUCUACAAACCACACGAAGAUUUCGGUGACCUCUUCGACGUCAAAUUAAUCGACCUCGACAAAUUAUGGUACCAGCCGGAUCAUCGCAUAGGCACCUCGAUCAUACAUGAACGACCGAUUGGGAUGUGCAAAAUCGCAAAUUUGGAUGUGCCGCAGCGGCUGAGGGUUAUCGAGGUCAUCAAGGCAGAGGAAGCGCCGAGGGAUGGGAAACGGAGAUGUCAGGAUUGGGUGUUUGACGCGUUGAUCUCGCUGGAAGUGGAAGAGCUGGUCGAGACUGGGACUGCUGAGAAGUGGAAGGCGAGAAUUGGAAAGUCGGCCAGGGAGGUGGGCAGAGAUUGCGGGGGAGAUUGGAUACAGCUAUAGUCUAUACAAGGG